AUGCAGCGCAGUGUAGCGGCUAUAAGCGCUGCGACGUUCAACUGCAGCACUCAUAUGUGUCCAACACACUACCCACCGAUGCUGCGCAGUGUAACGACUGUAAGCGCUGCGACGUUCAACUGCAGCACCCAUAUGUGUCUAACACACUACCCACCGAUGCAGCGCAGUGUAGCGGCUGUAAGCGCUGCAACGUUCAACUGCAGCACUCAUAUGUGUCUAACACACUACUCACCGAUGCAGCGCAGUGUAGCGGCUGUAAGCGCUGCGGCGUGCAGCUGCAGCACCCAUAUGUGUCUAACACACUACCCACCGAUGCAGCGCAGUGUAGCGGCUGUAAGCGCUGCAAAGAUCAAUUGCAGCACUCAUAUGUGUCUAACACACUACUUAUCGAUGCAGCGCAGUGUAGCGGCUAUAAGCGCUGCGACGUUCAACUGCAGCACUCAUAUGUGUCCAACACACUACCCACCGAUGCUGCGCAGUGUAACGACUGUAAGCGCUGCGACGUUCAACUGCAGCACCCAUAUGUGUCUAACACACUACCCACCGAUGCAGCGCAGUGUAGCGCAGGCCCGUGACAGCUUAGUUCCAUUCUACGCAACUUGGCGCUACCGUCGCAAUUUUUACUCUGCCUACGGACGCCAUUUUGAGACGCCAUAUUCUAUUAAUGUCAAAUCAUAUUGUCAAAACUAUCGAUAUUGA